AUGCCGGACACGCCCGAGAAGAAGCGCGGGCGAACGUCGCGAUGGGGCGAAGGCCUCGUCGCGAGGCGUAAGCAACCGGGGGACGAUCCCGCGGCGGCGACGCCGGGCGCGGGCGCGGGCGCGGGCGGCGCGGGCGGCGCGGCGAACGUCCCGCCGCCGCCGCCGCCGCCGGGCGCGAACGUCGCGACGACGCGCGUCCCGCCGCCGCCACCGCCGCCGGGCGCGGGCGUCGCGAACGACGCGCCGAUCGCGACGAUGCCGUCCGGCGCGAGCGCCAUGUCCGUCGAGGCCGCGAAAGCCGCCGCCGCGAAAGCCGCCGCGGCGAUCCAGGCCCAGCUCGGGAUGCCGCUCGGGUACGCGGACGUAGACGCCGCGCCCGCGGACCCCGCGCUGUACCCUGGCAUGCCCGAGGGCUGGGGCGCGGGGAUGAACGAGCCGCAGAGACAAACCGCCUACGCGCAACACACGCGUCAAGCGCGGCGGCUGUACAUCGGCGGCAUCCCGCCGGGCGCGAUCAACAGCGACGUGCAACGGUUUCUGAACGACCUGAUGCUCAACUCCGGCGCGGCGAUCAACCCGGCCGCGGGGCCGCCGGUCGUGGACGUGAAGAUUCAACACGAGAAAGGAUUUGGUUUCGCCGAGUUUACCAACUGCGACGACGCGCAAUCCGCGCUCAUGUUCGACGGCGUCGUGUACGGCGACACCGGUAGGAAGAUCCGCGUGAACCGUCCGCGCGAUUACGACCCGUCGAAGAACCCGGUGGUAAUUCGCGACGGGCUGCAGAUCGAGGGACCCAAGGGGAUCGGACUGCUCGGGGAGAAGCAGGCGAACGCGCCGCCGCCGUGGCCCGAGGAUCUGGCGAUCCCCGCGCCGCCGCCGCUCGUGAGCGAGUGGCCGAAGCUCCCGAAGCGCACGCCGGACGGCCCGAACAAGCUGUACGUCGGCGGGUUCGACCCGCUGCACACGGAAGGGCAGACCCGCCAGGUGUUGCAGGCGAUCGGGGAGCUGAAGUCGUUUUGCGUCAUGCCGGACGCGCGCGGUCGGAACACCGGGCACGUGUUUUGCGAAUUCGCGGAUCCGCGGUUAACCGUCGUCGCGGAAGAGGCGCUCACCGGCGCGUGGUGCUUCAGGCAGCCGAUCGUGUGCAAGCGCGCGAUGCCGGACGCGGCGCCGGCGAAGGAGGGCGACGCGGCGACGUACGCGAUCCCGGACAUCGCGCUGCCGCUUCUCGAGGAGCCCAACGAGAAGCUCUGGGCGUACAACGUUGUGUGCCGCGAGCACUGCGAACCCGACGACGUCGUCGCCGACGUCGUGGAGGUCGUCAGGCGCGAGUGCGCGGCCGUCUCCGGGUGGGACGUCGAGAGCGUUAUCGCGCACGUCGCGCCGGAACACGGGGACAAGCGGAUAUCGCUGGAGUUCGAGGAGGGCGGCGGCGGCGCGAGCGGCGUCGGCGGGACGGCGCUGGAAGCGGCGGUGAGGUGCUCGUCGAAGAUGAACGGAAGGACGUUCGAGGGUCGGACGAUGUGGUUCCGGUACGUCCCGCAGAGCGACGAGGAGUGGCAGCGGAGGAAGGAGAGGGAGGGGGUCUUCUCGCGGGAGACGGGGGCGGGGAAGGAUGCGGCGGCGGCGGCGGCGUUCGGGGGGGCUCUGCCGCCUCCGCCGGUCGCGGAGGUGGACUGA